AUGACGGAACCAGAGCCGCCCUCCGUGGCCGCCCUCAGCCUCGCCGAAACUGCGACGCAGCCCGUGACCAAGGCGACGGAGCAGGAGAUCAACCCGUGGGACGUGCAAGCCGCUGUCGACGCCGACGGCAAUGUCCUCGAGUUCGAUUACGCUGCGAUAUCGCAAAAGUGGGCGACCAAACUCAUCGACGACGCGCUGCUGGAGCGGUUCGAGCGCGUCACAGGCCACAAGCCACAUCGCUGGUUACGGCGGCGUCUCUUCUUCUCCCACCGCGAUCUGGAGCAGAUACUGGACACAUAUGAGCGCGGCGAGGACUUCCUGCUGUACACUGGCCGUGGACCCAGCAGCGACGCCAUGCACAUUGGCCACACGAUCCCAUUCGAGUUCACAAAGUGGCUGCAGGAUGUCUUCGACGUGCCGCUGGUCAUCAUGCUGACAGACGACGAGAAGUUCCUGUUCAAGGAGAAGCUGAAACAAGAAGAGGUCUACGAGUUUGCACGACAAAACGCCAAGGACAUCAUCUCCGUGGGCUUCGAUGUCAAGAAGACAUUCAUGUACAUCGACUCGGAGUUCUUCACGUCGGGCCACAACAGGCACUUUAGCUUGAACACGACCGAGUUUGAGAAGCUCAUCACAAACAACCAAGUGCGCGGCGCAUUUGGCUUCCACGGUUCAACGAACAUCGGCAGCAACGCCUUCGCCGCGAAGCAGUGUGUAGCUGCCUUCGCAUCCUCCUACCCCUUCAUCUGGGGCGAGGAUGGCAAGUCCUAUAAGCGCUCCAAGAAGCUCUCCGCGAUACCCUGCCUCAUCCCCUGCGCCAUUGACCAAGACCCCUACUUCCGCCUCGUCCGCGAAAACUGCAGUCGCAUGGAACUCCCCUCGCCGAAGCCCGCACUCAUCCACUCCAAGUUCCUUACCGCGCUGCAGGGCGCAGGCGGCAAGAUGAGCGCCUCGAAUCCCAACUCGGCCAUCUUCAUGACCGAUACGGAGAAGCAGGUCAAGAAGAAGAUCAACAGCCACGCCUUCUCCGGCGGCCAAGAGACCAUGGAGCUACAUCGCGAGAAGGGCGGCAACCCAGACAUCGACGUUCCAUACCAGUAUCUCGCCUACUUUGAAGACGACGACGAGAAACUAUUGCGCCUCGCAGCCGAAUAUCGCGCCGGCACGCUUCUCACUGGCGACAUGAAGAAGGAGUGCAUCAACAUGAUGACCGCGUAUGUGCGGAAGUUUCAAGAAGCGCGCGCAAAUGUGACAGACGAGAUUCUCGAGGAGUUCCUCAGGCCUCGCAAGUUAGAAUGGAAGGGUAAUCUCAACCCGACAAAGAAAGAGGAUAAGAAAGAAGAGGCUGCAGAAGGUGCGGAGGGUGCGGCGAUGCUGGAUGCAGAUGGUAAACCCAUGACGAAGAACGCGAUGAAGAAAAUGCUCAAGAUGCAGGAGGUCGAGCGGAAGAAGAAGGAAAAGGAAGAAGCGGCAAAGGCCAAGCAGUGA